AAAAAGCCAACUCCCCAAUCGCCAAGAGCAAACGAGAUGUGUGUCGUCUUACGAAGCUCCAAAUGAUGCCCGAUAGGCAGAAUAUACCUGCCCAACAUUUAGACCACUACGGUUGGAUCGAAACCCGCAUGCGAUAUCCACGUUGAUAGUAAAAGGAUCCAUUCCUCUAGUUAGCUUGAAAUGGGCUCCCUCUUCUACAUACCUCGGGCGUAAUCUGCAUCUCCACACGAUGACCACAUAUUCCAUUGACGGUCUCGAGGCUCUCCUCGGAGAACUCGGUGUAAAUGUACCGAUACCUAGCUUCAUCGAAUCGGAAGUCUUACGGAGACCUAUUGAUAUAUAUCGAAGUUACCUGGCAGAUACAGCUUCAAAAGUGCUCGAAUGUGACGCAUAUCUCGCAUACGAGGCUAUACAAAGUGCAAACAUCAAAGACAACAGCGACCUAACACUCGUCUUACCGAAGCUCAAAUUGAGAAGCGACAAACCAAAGGAUCUCGCUAGAGAGGCGUUUAUUAAGUUUUCGUCGACGCCCUUGUUCCAGUUACCGCUACCGGAUGGCGUUCAUCUACGAUUCGUCUUCUCGACCUCGACACUGCCUCGACUCAUCCUUUCGUACAUUGACGAUCGCAUGGAACAAUAUGGUCGAGUCGGACUAUUGGGCGAUCAAACAAAGACUUCCGCCAAUGGUAUUCCAAAGAAAGCGGUCAUAGAAUUCUCGUCCCCGAACCUCGCAACCGAGUUCAACUCCUCCCACCUUCGGAGCACAAUACUCGGGGCGCAAAUUGCAAAUUUGUACGAAAGCGCAGGAUGGGAUGUGGUUAGAAUGAACUUUCUAGGUGAUUGGGGGAAAGAAAUCGGGUUACUUGGCGUUGGUUGGAACAAAUUCGGCUCUGAGGAGGCUUUCCAAUCAAACCCCAUGGGGCACCUGUAUGAGGUAUACGAAAAGAUUAGCGAACAAUUCAAACCUGAAAAGGAUGCCAGUCGCAAAGCGCGCGACGAAGGUCGCGGUACAGCUGAAAUUGAAGGAAAGGGAAUAUUUGCUGAACGAGAUGGCUUUUCUAAGAGGAUGGAGGAUGGCGAGCCGGAUGAGGUCAACUUCUGGAAACGAAUCCGAGACGCCACAAUCGCCUAUUACACCGACACAUACGAACGUCUCAAUAUCAAAUUCGAUGAAUUUUCUGGUGAGUCCCAGGUCAGUCCAGAAUCUAUUGCAGAAGUCGAGUCCGUCCUCAAGGAAAAGGGGAUCUAUCAAGAAAGUGAUGGUUCUUGGAUUAUCGACUUCAGCAAGCACGGACCGAAGAGCCUGGGCGUCUCUGUACUGCGGGGUAGAACGGGCAGCACAUCCUACUUACUCCGAGACAUCGCUGCUGUGCUUGAUCGCAAUAAAAAGUAUUCAUUCGAUAAAAUGGUCUACGUCGUCGCAGCCGACCAAGACGUCCAUUUCCAGAAAGUCUUCCAGGCUCUCAGAUACAUGGGUCAUGAUGAAUUAGCGACGAAACUUGAACAUGUAAGCUUUGGAAAAGUACAAGGCUUAUCACAACAGCUUGGCGAAGUCCACCUACUCAGCGAUAUCCUGGACUCGUCAAUCAAGCAGAUGUCAGAGGCACUUAGCUCUGACCAAAAUGACCAUCCAGGGAUAGACAACUCCGAUAAAUCGGCCGAGAUACUCGGAAUCACGUCUUUGAUUGCCCAGUACUGCGGUUCCAGCAAAAGAACUACCGGUUACAACAUCGGUACCAAGAAACUAGUUUCAUUCGAGGGCGAAACAGGGACAACUUUACAACUAUGCUAUGCAAAGAUCAGCGAGUCAGAUACGGAUGAAGCAGUGCUGGCUAACGUUGACUACACACACUUGCAGGAUGACCUUUGGACAGAAGUCAUUCGGGUCAUAGCCCAAUACCCUGACGUCGUUGACGUGGCAUUUAGAAGCCAUGAGCCAUCUGCGGUACUAGCAUAUUUAUUCCGCCUAAGUGAAGAGCUUGGUAAUUGCCUAGAAGAAGAGGAGGAGGAAGAUGACAACGGCGAAGGUGAUAACGGCGAGAAUGGUGGCAGCGGCAACGAUAAUCACGCAGCAGACUCUAGAGAUCCACCCGAGGCCAUCCUAGCUCAGGCUGUUCUAUAUAAACACGCGCGACAAGUACUAAAGAACGGGAUGGCAAUCCUCGGGAUAACUCCAGUGGUCUGAUCGAGGCAACGAGGUGACCUUUUGAGGGUAUAGUCUAGGUACACUUGCUCAUUAGGAUCUACACUGUGCUCAACUAGACCUCGGUACGAUUAAUUUUGGUAAUGAUAUCAAAAUAUUGGCGUAAGUCUCGCAGAGAUAAAGGUAAGAACUCUUUUAUUAUUGCAUGCAAUGUUAUUCUGUGAGAGCGCUUGAAAUUGGGGUUAAAGACGAUCACAAUUGGGUCAACAAAGAGAGCCACAGGCCCUGCACAGUUACUGGCAAAUACCCCUAAGAACGGUGGCUUAUUUGGAUUUUUACUGGAUACCCUGCCCUGUACACAGAGCCACUUAGAAGGCUAAGACACGAAUUCGUGCAACAAAUUUUGUUAUGGAGAAUACAAUCGCUUGACAAAGAGUAAGUACAAGUAUUAUAUUUAGCAACUUUAUCAUUUAUUAUAUAUUACUUAACGAGAUAU